AUGUGUGUGCAUGCAUUUGGCAACACAUCCUCACCUGCCAUUGCCACCUAUGGUUUGCGCAAGUCGGUUGCGAAUUCUGAUCCAGACGUGCAAGACUUUGUGUCUAAAGACUUCUAUGUGGAUGAUGGUCUUAUAUCUAAAUCCACCCCUGGUCAAAUGGUUGAUUUGAUUAAGAGAACACAAAAAGACUUAGCAGCAUGUGGUUUACGUCUGCACAAGAUAGCCUCGAGUAGUGCUGAUGUUAUGAAAUUGAUAGAUGUUGAAGACCUUGCAAAAGAUAUUAAAUGUUUAGAUUUUGAGAAAGAUGUUUUACCCAUUCAGCGUAGCCUGGGGAUGAAUUGGGCUGUAGAGGUUGAUAGCUUUACUUUCAGAAUCGAGGCCUCUAGUCGUUCUCUCACGAGACGUGGCAUUUUAGCUACCGUGAAUAGUCUGUUUGAUCCUUUGGGGUUUAUGGCCCCUGUAACAGUCAUUGGAAAGCUCAUUCUGAGACAGUUGAUGUGUUUUGACAAGGAUUGGGAUGAUCCAAUACCUCCAGAUAUUAAGUCCAAAUUCUUAUCUUGGAAGGAGUCCUUAGAAACCCUUAGUAAUAUCCAAAUACCUAGACCCUACUUUUAA